GGAUACAUAGGCAGGAGCUGCGCUGCGCUAGCCUACGCGCCCUACGACGACCCGCACGCGAAGAAAAGGGAGAGAAAACCAGAGCGAGUUCUCGGAUCGGGCGACGCCAUUGGCUGGGGCUAGUCUCGCUCCGGGCCGGCUUUUGCGUCCUCACAGAGAGAGAGAGAGAGAGAGAGAGAGAGAGAGAGAGAGAGAGAGAGAGAGAGAGAGAGAGAGAGAGAGAGAGAGAGAGAGAGAGAGAGAGAGAGAGUAAACCACCAGCUAGACGUACGGCGGCGGGCCGGGCAUGAAGGGCGGCGGCGGCGGCAGGCUGCAGCAGCCGCUGCGCGUCGAGUCGCAGCGGUUCAGGCUGCUGUCCAUCGUCGGCGGCUGCUUCGUCUUCUGCCUCGUCUUCCUCCUCUCCUCCCGCCCCGACGCCACCGCCUUCGACACCGUGAGUCCCAGGGCGUCGCUGGAGGGCGCGCGCCGGCCGGCCGCCGUCAAGACCCUGCGAACCUCCUCCGGCGCCGGCUCCGGUGGGGAUUUCCAUGUGGACGUCCUGCCGCAGCAGCAGGGGGGCAGCCUGCGGCAGAGCGUCGAGCAGAGCGCCGGCGACAAGACGGCAACAGAAUGGGUCAGAGACACGGUGAUCGUGGAGGAGAGGAGCGACGCCGAGGCCAGCGAAGCUGCGGCGGAGCCGGAGGAGGCCGCCGAGUCCAACCCCGACGACCAGCCAGCACCAGGUACGCGCUCACGCGGGAACGAGCCAGGUGCCGAGGAGAAGAAGGUCCGAGACGACGCCACCGUGGUAACCACGGCCGCCGCGCAACCCGCCGCGGAGACCACGGCGACCGCGCCCGACCGGCCAGAGGGGAAGCCGCGAGCUGCCGGCGGCGGUCAGAGCAAGCUCCAGGAGCAGCCAGCUCGGCAGCCGCAAGAGGAGCGCCACGACGAGCCAGCACGAUCUGGCGGCGGGGACCACCACCGGAAGCAGCUGCCGCCGCUGUGCGACUUCUCCGACUUCCGCAGCGACAUCUGCGACAUGGCCGGCGACAUCCGCAUGGACGCCAACGCGUCGGUGUUCGUGGUCGUCGACCCGGCGAGCGGGGCCGGCGGCGGCCAGUGGCACCGGGUCCGGCCGUACCCGCGCAAGGGCGACGAGACAUGCAUGGGCCGGAUCACGGAGGUCACGGUGCGGUCGACGGGCGGCGACGCGCCGCGGUGCACGCGGGAGCACGCCGCGCCGGCGGUGGUGUUCUCCAUCGGCGGGUACACGGGCAACAUCUUCCACGACUUCUCCGACGUGCUGGUGCCGCUGUACACCACGGCGCACCGCUACGGCGGCGACGUGCAGCUGGUGAUGGCCAACGUGGCGUCGUGGUGGCUGGUCAAGUACGACCGGCUCCUCCACGCGCUGUCGCGCCACGCGCCGCUGGACCUCGCCAGGGCCGGCGCCGCCGGGGAGGUCCACUGCUUCCGCCGCGCCGUGGUGAGCCUGCGCGCGCACAAGGAGCUCAUCAUCGAGCGGGAGCGCAGCGCGGACGGGCUCGCGACGCCGGACUUCACGCGGUUCGUCCGGCGCGCGCUGUCGCUGCCCCGCGACGCGCCGACGCGGCUCGGCGACGGCACGGGCAGGAAGCCCCGGCUCCUGGUCAUCUCCCGCCACCGCACGCGUCUGCUCCUGAACCUGGACGCCGUGGUCCGCGCGGCGGAGGAGGUCGGGUUCGAGGCCGUGGUGAACGAGUCCGACGUGGGCAACGACAUCUCGCAGGUCGGGGCGCUCAUCAACUCGUGCGACGCGCUGGUGGGCGUGCACGGCGCCGGGCUGACCAACAUGGUGUUCCUGCCGCCGGGGGCGACCCUGGUGCAGAUCGUGCCGUGGGGAGGGCUGCAGUGGAUGGCGCGGGCGGACUACGGCGACCCGGCGGAGGCGAUGGGGCUCCGGUACAUCCAGUACGAGGUGGCCGUGGGGGAGAGCACGCUCAAGGACAAGUUCCCGCCGGGGCACAAGAUCUUCACGGACCCGACGUCGCUGCACAAGAAGGGCUUCAUGUUCAUCAGGCAGACGCUCAUGGACGGCCAGGACAUCGCCGUCGACGUCGGCCGCUUCAGGGAGGUGCUGCUCCAGGUGCUCAACAACCUCUCGCCGUAGAAGCCUGCCUGCUUGCCCGGCCGAUCGAGUACACACAUCAGCUGCAUAGUAGUGUAUACGUACAGUACACCGGUGCCAUGUAUACGUAUAUUCAUUUAGUUGGAGCUUAAUUUGUAUCAUUAUACGGAUAACGGAUGUACACUUUGGCGUAAUCUUUUUUCCCUGAAAUUGAAAGAUUACCAUGAGACCUCUGGGGUCAUCAGUUCACCACAUCA